AUGCUUUUAGAAGGAAUCCUCCUCCCCGAUGAUUAUGUCAAUCUUUCGAGACAAAUAAUUUCUACGACCGGAGGACUUCCUUUGGCUCUUGAAGUCAUAGGCUCAUUGGUUUAUCGUCAAAACAAAGCCUCAUGGUAUGAUGUGCUAGACAAUUUGAGAGAAAUACCUCAUGAGAAGGUCCAGGACAAGCUGAAGAUUAGCUACAAUGCCUUGAAUCAUGAGCAACAACAGAUUUUUCUCGACAUCGCAUGUCUCUUUGUGGACAAGGACAAGACAAAUGCACUCUACAUGUGGAAGGAUUGUGGGUUUAGGCCGGAUCAUUCAAUUCAAGUCCUUGUUUGUAUGUCCUUAAUAAAGAUAACUGAUCACAACAAAUUCUGGAUGCACGACCAACUGAGAGAUCUCGGAAGGAAAAUUGUUCAUGGAGAUACGAGACCAACCGAUCCAAGAAAGCAAAGCAGGUUAUGGGAUCCUGAGACGGCCGAUAAUAUCAUAGGAACGAAAGAGAGAAAGAAGCACAUUGAAGCAAUCUGCUUAUGGGAAACACGAGUUUAUACAAGCAAAGAGUUUUCAAGGCUUCCAAACAUAAGGUUCCUCAUGUUAGUGGGGGGGAAUUUCAGUGGAGACUUUGAGAAUCAUUUUUCAGAGUUAAGAUACAUGACCUGCACAUGGGUCUCUCGAGAGUUCUUGGCCAUCAAUUUCCAUCCAAGCAAUCUUGUAGUUCUUAAACCGAGCUAUAGUUCAAUCACAGAGGAAUGGGCUGGAUGGAGUCAAUUCAAGGUUGCUAAAAAGCUUAAAGUUUUGGAUAUCUCACAUUGUAGCAACAUGACCAGGACUCCAAACUUCUCCGAUUAUUUGAGUUUAGAGAGAUUGAACCUUGAGGAUUGUAAAAAACUAACUGAAGUUGAUGGUUCCCUCAAAAAGCUUAAGUGCUUGAUUUACUUCAAUGCGCAUGGGUGCGAAAAUCUUAGGGAGCUGCCCAAAGGAAUCGGAGGGUUACAUAAGCUCAAGUACUUGUAUUUAGGCCGUUGCGAAAAGUUGAGGAAGCUACCCAAAUCAUUUGCGAGAGUGACAUCGCUAGUAGAGUUAGAUCUCUCGCAUACGGCCAUCACAAGAUUACCCGACUCCAUCGGUAACCAAAACCGCUUUUGGAAGGAAGUUCAACUCAAUAGGCUUGAACAGUUGGUUGAAUUUGACAUGUAUAACUCAGACCUUGAGGGAUUUUCUGGUCUUUCGAAUUUGAAGAGGUUGAAGCGGUUGACGCUGCACAAGUGUCAAAAUCUUACUGCCAUCCAAGGUCUUGGUUCAUUGGACUCGUUGGAGCAAUUGAAUAUAAUCAUCUGUCCUAAAAUUGGAAGUUUAGAUGAUCUAUCGAAUUUGAAAAAGCUGCAGUUCUUGAAGAUUUCCAGUUGUGAAGUUCUUCAAGCAGUUAAGGGCUUGGAUGAACUAGAGACUCUCACAACAUUGUUCUUUGUCAAUUGCAGAUCAUUGAAAAGUUUCCUUAACGUAUUCAAUUCGAAAGUACUAGACGAGUGCUUUCUAAAUAUUACCGGCUGCCCAAAUUUAGAAGCAGAAUCAUUUGGUGGCACAGUCAGCAUGUACAAGGAACGGAAAGUCAGGGGCAAAAGAAGGAAAAGAAAUAGAGGAGUGUGA